AUGACGGAACCGGAGUAUUAUUCAGGUCGCCAGGUUUAUGCGGAGCUCACGGCCAAGCAAUCAGACUUCGCUCGACACUCGAUUUUAAGUCGAGAGGUGAUUAGCCAAAUGGACGACGAACAGAUAAAGAAAAACAACAUUGUCGCGGACAUGCUGAUCUUUGGGCUCUGUGUGCUCGUUAUUGGUCUGGCCUCUGUAACGGACCAAUUCGCAGUCAUCAAGGACGGCGUCAAACGCAUCGACUACAUUCCGCGCAUGCCCUACCUUAUCUCCUAUGUCGUCUCCGUGGCUAUAUGCAUCUUCCUAGCCUACUACACCGAAGGCUCCGAAGGACUCGGUCGGCUCUUCAACCGCAAGAACAUCUUCGCCAACCUGCCCAUGGUCGUAACCAGCUGUAUCGGAGACGUCGUCGUCCUUCGCAUCAACGUCGCACUGGACCCAGCCCUUUGGAAGGUCAUCAACCAACUCAGGCUCCUGCUCACUGUCGCCGCAUCACGACUCGUCUUCAACCAACGCAUCUCCGUCACCCAGUACUGCACGCUCUUCGGAACCUUCUGGGCCGUCCUUGCCUACGUCAGCAGAGGUCUGACACAAAUCGUCAUCAACGACUACUUCAUCCUAUUCAUCGGUAUAUGCGUGAUCUUUAUGAACGUUGCUGCUGGUAUCCACAACGAACUUACGAUGCGACGAAUCAACGACACGUUCCCCAUCAUGUUUGGUCAAAAUCGUUUGGCUGGUUUGUCAGUCAGUCUUGCCAUCCUGCCAUUUGAAUUAUGGGCGACCAACUCUUGGCACAAAUUCCCGUUUGGAGAGUUUCACCGUGGGGUGUGGAUCAUGACCUUGUUUGAAACGAUAAAGGUCUGGCUGAUUGUGAAAACCAUGACCAAGCUGGGAUCUGUGUACAGGACGUUGGCUCUGAGUCUUGGGUUGUUCGUCACUUAUCUAGCCUCAUCCUUCCUGCUACCCACCGCUCCACCUUUCAACAUGUCGCAAUUCACUAUCAUCACCGCUAUGGCAAUGUGCGUCAUCGGUUAUUCUACGGCUCGCAUUGAUGCGGAACGGGUUUACGACCUGACGGCCGAGAAGGCGAACAAGCUGGCCGACGAGAAGGAGGAGCCUUAG